AUGUUUCAUCAUGAAUUCACAAGAGUUGGAGACCCUGGAAGCAUCUGCUUCAAGCGAUCCCCACCGAAAUCUUCAGCGUUUGUUCCCGACGGCGCGCGGUCACCUAAUUGGUGGAACGCUGUGAGCGAUGCCCUGUGGUCUCGGCCAGUGCGGCGGUCGGGCCGGGUGGCGAAUUCCGAUGUUUCCCAAACCAGCAAGCUCAAGAGAAAGAAAUUGGAAGAGACCCCGGGGCAAAACACAAGGUUCGAAGACGUGCGGUGCGAAACGGAUGGAGAGCCGCAGUUUGACGCGUUCUGUCAUAUUAUGUUGUGCCAUGUACUUCGUUUCCAGGAGUUCCAGCAGAACGGGUGCUCUGAUCCACGCCAAGCUUCAAGACAUCCAUGA